AUGUCUAGCUCUUCCACCCCACUGCAGCGCCGACAGUACCUUGUGCCCGUUGACGAUGAGGAUGUCAUCUACGAUGGUGAUGGCUGGUAUAGCUCCAAUGACUACAUAGUCAAGUGGUCCAUCAUCGGCGCCAUCUUCUUUUCCUUCGUCCUCUUUCUCCUGAUCGGGUACUUUCAUGCGCAGAGACGGAUGAAGAAGGGGUUAAGGCCUUUGUUAUAUCAUAGGUGGCUUGUGCCCAGGAGUCAAAGAAUGCGAUUCGAUCCGAGGUAUCAGAAUCAGUACAUGGUCUACCCUAUGAAUAGGGAGCAGGAUGGGUAUGCCAUGAAUGGAUAUGCUCCACCUCCGCCCGUCUACGACCGCAAUAACGAGAACGCUCCCACAUACCUGCCUCCAGGGGGUACCUCGAAAGUAAAUCCAGAUCAAGGGGACUACGCCGCAGUACCACCUCCCGGCGCUCCCCCGUUGCGAAACGAUGAUGCUCUGGCGUAUCCUGGUGCAGUUGCUGGCAGCUCGGCACGACAGCAGGUCUGA